AGUCAUGGUGUGUGGGUGCGCCGGCAGUGUGGGAUCGGUGCUGUGUGUGCGGAAUAUGUAGGGUGUUUCUCUGAGUCCUUACAUGUAGCUUAUGAUGUGGAAGAAGCGAACAGAGCAAAAACUGGGCGUAGCCGUGUACAACUGGUCCGGCUGUGUGCGCCAUGGCCUGCCGCUGCGCGUGGGUGACACGGUGCACGUGCUUGAGGAGUGUGCCGGCUGGCUGCGCGGCUACGCGGUGCGCCAGCGCGGCCGGCGCGGCCUCUUCCCGGCUUCCUACAUCCAGAUGAAGCCAUGCCUGGUCGAGUCAGACGGGCCCCAGGAGGUGAUCACGCCCAUCGAAGACAGCGUGGUCACGGAGGUGACCCAGGUGCUCAGGGAGUGGAGCGAGCGAUGGAAGCAGCUGUACAUCGGCCGGGAGGCGCACGAGGUCGCCACGCUCUGGAAGGUGAUGCACGAGCUGCUGGACUGGCGACGCCAGCUGGUGACGGGCACGCUGACCCAGGACCAGACCCGCGAGCUGCGGAUCAAGGUCACCGCCAAGAUCGACUGGGGAAACAGGAGCCUGGGCCUGGACCUGGUGCCGCGCGUGCUCGGCUCCAUGCUCGACCCGGACGCCAUCUCGGUGGUGACCCUGCACCAGGUGCACACCCAGAGUCUGGAGACCACAAUGUCUGACCCGGCCUGGGGCGACGUGUCCUGGCUCGUCAUCGCUUGUUUGGCGGGCUGCACGUGA